UAAACUCUUGGGGUUUAAGCCAUUGCUUUGGUGGUUUUCACAGGGUUUUACUUUUAGCCAUUCACAACACAUUAUCAUAAUCUCUAUCAGAUUCACAUUUCACAUUUCAGAUUCACAAUGAGAGAAAAACACAAAUUUCUAAAUCCUCACCCUCUUCAACCAACGUUUCCUGCCUAAUUCAGGCUCUUUUUUUUUCCUGCCUAAUUCAGGCUCCUUUUUUUUUCCUGGUUGGAAUCGUUUUUACUCUGAAUUAUCUCUCACCCAUCUUGAAAUUGAAAAAAUUUGCCGAAAUUCACAUUCUCAGGGAGUUAAAGAUUUCGUCUUUGAACCACAAUCUUUGCCAAGAGUGCAGCAGCUUCUGAACUUAGUCCCUAUUUUAAACAUAAGACACUGGAAAGACCAGGCUUAGUUGGACAUUUAUUUGAGCUAAACUCGUUCUCCAUCUGGUUUAAGCUAAUGCCCUUACUAGAUAAUUUAACGCCCUUGCAUGUAGGGGAAGAUAAGAUCAGUUUCUGUGUCAGACAAUAUGUUUUGGCUUUAUAUUGAGACCGGUGGGAUCAAGCAGCGUGUAGAGUUCAAGUUUAUUUACGAGUAUUGGACGGCUGAUGUUUCGUGUUUGAUCAAUCCUUAUAUUGGCAUGGUUCCUCUGAGAUAUGGUGUUGCAGAAAAGGUCAUGUUAUAGCUUUAAUGGACAUCAGGUGCCAACCAAGCGCCGAGCUACUAGAUUAGCUAGGAGAAACGCUACAUUUCAAAGAAGGUUGGAAGAGAAACAAAUGUGUGCAUUUGACUUAUUGGCCACCGUAGCUGACAAUUUAUUGCAAGGGAAACAGAAUCCUACCACAUGUAGUGAUAGUUCAUUGGAAAAAGAUAGGGAUGGAUUUGUAGAAGAGGAGUGCCAAGAUGCAAAUAAACCAUUAAAAACUGAGCUUUCUGAUGAAGCAAGUUGUGACAGAAGAUGUCAGCAUGACUUUGUUAAAGAAGGAUGCACAGAUGCAAAUAAACCAUUAAAAGCUGAGCUUUCAGACGAAGGAAGUAGUGAUAGAAAAUGUUUCUCUAAUAUUUCUUCCCAAGUGUACAAUCAAAAUUGUUGUUUGAAGGAAUUCGCAGUUCAUGAAAUUGAAGGUCAUUCAUGCAUUGCUUCUAUAGUAACAAGUUCUAGUUGCUCAGAGAAGUUUGUUGCUGAAACACUGGUGGAUGGAAAAGGCCAAAACGGAACUGAAAAUUUAGCUAGCAAAGUUGAAUUAGGUUCUUCUCGAAGCCCAGAGAGUAUUGGUUUCAAGUUAGAUGGUGAUGUAAGUAAAGUAAAAGAUGUUAAAUUUGGGAAGGUUCCCAUGGAUACUGGGACUGGGUUGUGCUGUUCUGAGGAUCUCUUGGAUGAAAAACCUCCAGCACUGGUAAGUUCUUGUUGCAAUGCCAAGUUGUCUGGGUCUGACGACAGCAUGCCUCAUAGCUCAUUGUCCAAAGGUUGUGACAAUGUACUAGUAGAUAGUAGAGAUGAUGACGAAAAAUUUUCUGGGUGUGCUCACCCUAGUACCAAAAUAAAGUCCUCUAGACCAAUUACUUGUAUAGAUGAUAGAAAAAUAAACAAAAGAUUGGCUUCAAAAUAUCUUAAAGUUGCUCAAGAAUCCAAGCCUGAUAAAUUAUCUAAUAGUGUAAUCUGUUUUUCAAUUGGCAACGUGUUAGUUUUGGAUGGCAAUUUGAAGCCAGUUUACAGCAAUAGGAAGAACUACUACAAAAGCCAAAGAUCUGAAAUGAACAUUCCUUUCAAAAAGAGGAAACUUUUUAAAUGUAGCUCUGAUACAAAUUCUAACGGAUAUAUUAGAAAUGGUGACACUUAUUUUUCACUCAAGAAUGAAACGAAUCAAAGUGUUUCAUAUUCAUCUUCCGGGAUGAGCAAAGAUCAUGGAACAUCAUCCUUGGGGCACUCUGCAUUACGGUCUAGAGAUUCUCAUGUGAAGCUUAGGAUCAAAUCAUUUAGAGUGCCCGAGCUUUUUAUUGAGAUUCCAGAAACUGCAACCAUUGGGUCCUUAAAGAGGACAGUGAUGGAGGCAGUGACUGCAGUACUCGGAGGUAGAUUACGCGUGGGAGUGAUUCUCCAUGGGAAGAAAAUUAGAGAUGACAGUAAAACUCUACUCCAGACUGGAAUUUCUCAUGAUAACCACCUGGAUGCUUUGGGAUUCGCCUUGGAGCCUAAUUUUUCACAAAAUCUACCACCUGCAUGUGCAACUAGUUCUCUUCGCGUUCCUACUGCGGAUGUGCCUCAACCUUUUACUGGGUAUCCUUCAAUUCCUGCUGUAAUUCAUCAAAGGAUUCAGGGGUUUUCUAACAUGUUAGCUGAGCAUCAAGUAACAGGUUUAGGUAACCUCGUUGAAAGUGAUCAUGAUUCAGCUCCUUCUCCCAUCAACACAUCAGGUGAAAAAAAAUUGUCAGAUUCUAAAGAACUUGUUCCUGAAAUGGGUAUGGAGGCACUAGCUGUGCUACGUGGGCAUCAAAAGUCAAAGCGAACCAAAAUCGCACAGCGCCGUAUUCGUAGGCCUUUUUCUGUUGCUGAAGUGGAAGCAUUGGUUCAAGCAGUUGAGAAACUUGGAACUGGAAGGUGGCGUGAUGUUAAGCUUCGUGCUUUUGAUAAUGCAAAGCAUCGAACAUACGUGGAUUUGAAGGUAUAUGGGAUAGUGCAGGAUAAAUGGAAAACACUGGUGCACACUGCAAGAAUAUCCCCUCAGCAAAGGAGGGGAGAGCCUGUCCCUCAGGAACUUUUGGAUAGGGUUCUAACUGCCCACGCAUAUUGGUCCCAGCAGCAGACUAAGCAACAGCUCAAGCACCAUUCAAAACCUUGCCUUCUCCUUUAAGGCCUUGAUGACAGCACCACAUGGCUUUGUAGAUCGGUUGUUAAAAGUAUCUUCUGUCAUUUGUAUUUAUUUAUCAAAAUUGUGUUUAUCACUAUCUUUUUUAGUACUAUGCCACACUUCAUCUACCAUGUAAACAAUUUUAACAAGUGAUUCCUGUAGAGAAUUUGCGUAGCAGGUUGUCCACUCCGAAGUCUAUGUUCAGUAUGUAACUGGAGGAGCACAAAUUCAAUUAUGGGCCCACAGAAGCUAAUAAUGUUAAUCACUGUAGUUAGAGCUUUAUCCAUGUGC